UUCAAAUUUUUUUCAGGUGUAAUAGUAUUAUUAUUUCUACCAAGAUUUUUAUUGGUCUUCAAAUUGCAGCAAAUAUUCAAAAAUUAAAAAACAGGUAAUUAUCAAUGUCAUCUUCUUCAUCAUUAUCGUCGAAUUCACCAUGUGCAGCGUGCAAAUUCCUUCGUAGGAAAUGCCAACCGGAAUGUGUGUUUGCACCUUACUUCCCUCCUGAUCAACCACAGAAAUUCGCGAAUGUUCAUAAGGUGUUUGGGGCAAGUAAUGUGACUAAAUUGCUUAACGAAUUACAGCCUCAUCAACGCGAAGAUGCUGUAAAUUCGUUAGCAUAUGAAGCUGAUAUGCGUCUUCGUGAUCCUGUUUAUGGUUGUGUUGGUGUUAUUUCACUUCUUCAACAUCAACUUAGACAACUACAAAUGGAUCUUAGUUGUGCUAAAUCUGAACUUUCAAAGUAUCAAAACCUAGGAGGUAUUGCUAGUACUACGACUCAUGGACUUUUAGCAGCUGCAGCGGCUGCAGCUGCUACCACGGCCCACCACCACCAUCAUCAGCAGUUCAACUUUAUGGCUGGAAGUGGUGGAGGUGGCGGUGGUGGGAGGGAUCAUUCGCACCACCUUUACCAUCAUCAGUUCUUUCCUAGGGAUCAACAACAACAACAACAUCAACACAUGAUUCGAGCAUUUGAAGGUCAUGGGAGCAACAACUUCGAUGCGAGUAGCCUUUUUAUAGGUCAGCUGAGUCAGUUCCAGCAGCCUCGGGCUGCUGGAGCCGAUGGACACCGAACACCGGUUGAUCCAUCUUAGUUAAUUUAGGUUACAUUUGACUUAUUGAGUUGAGCUCCAAAAAAACAAUACUAUAUUAAGAAUGAUGAUUAUGAUGGCUAAUACUUGUUAAUUAGCCCAUGCACUAGAGUUAAUUAUUAUCUACUAUAACUUAUUUUUGAGAGACCAAAUUUAUGUUCUAGUAUAAUGUUAAUGAUUUUGUGAGUGUU